UCACUUACACCCACUCUCCUCUCAAGUGACACGUUGAACCAUUAAACAAAUUCAGUGUCCCGUAGGAUUAACAGGCAUUUUGAUCAGGUUGGAUUUCAAGUGUCGACUCCACGGUGGCAGUUAUGUUGAAUGAAGCCCUGUCGUAUUUUCUCUAUUUAUACGGUUUGUUGUAUCAGGCCGUCGCUCCCUGCUCAGCCCCCGAGCUGCUGCCGGCCAACGCUGUCAACCGUGAGCAGUAUCUUGGAAAAUGGUUCUUUAUAGCAGCAGUCAGUCGAAAAGAAGCUGACAUCCAGAAGUUCAAAGCACUUGACAACAUUUUGUUCACCAUGGAGGAGCCGGCCAAUGACACGCUGCUUCUGAGCGGACGUAUGCGCAUGGGGGACAACUGCAUAAAUCAGACCUGGACCUAUCAUCUACAUCCUGAUCGGGUCGAUUUGAAACUGGAGGGAAGGCCGCAGCGGAGGAGCCUGCUCUGGAGCGGCAAGUGGGCCAACUGUGCCGACUGCAUCAUUUUCCAGGAACUGGAGCCACCGCUGCAGGAAACAGACACAGAGGACUCCCUCUGCAGAUUCAUGCUUUAUGCUCGGCAAAAUGAUGUGGAGCCUGAGGUUGUGAAGACAUUUCUGAAAAAUUCAGCUUGUCAUAACCAGUUGGCGAAUGUCAUACUACCUCAAACAAAAGAGUUUUGCACCUAAAUAUUAACACUGAGGAUGUUGCUGUGGCCUCGGACACCCAGGAUAUUAAUACGUUUAUUUCACGUGGCAUCUAUUGCCCUUCUGUCCGUCCUGGUAGAGGGAUCCCUCACAUGUGGCUCUCUCUGAGGUUUCUACGUAUUUUUACCCUGUUAAAAGGGUUUUUAGUAGUUUUUCCUUACUCUUGCUGAGGGUUAAGGACAGAGGAUGUCACACCCUGUUAAAGCCCUAUGAGAUGAAUUGUAAUUUGUGAAUAUGGGCUAUACAAAUAAAAUUUGAUUGAUUGAUUGAUUGAUAUUUCUUGUUAAAUAAAUGUAAUGAAAAACGUAAAAAUACAGAAUACAGACAUUCUUCCCCCUCUGGA